AAAAAUAGAGAGAAAAAAAAGUUGUGUUCACUCGUUUUUGCCAAAUCACAGAACGCUUUUUCCUUUUUCCUCUCAAGGAGCCAUUGAAAGGCUCCAAAAGGCCUUUUUCUGAACUGGGAAUUCGAGUUCAAGAAGAAGGAAAAGGAUUGGAAAAAGAAGAAGUUAUUGGUGAAAAAAGAGAACACGUUUUCUGUGUUCUUCAAAAAUGGCUGCUGUUCUUUGGGUACAGGUUUGUCUUAAAGAGAACGGUAACUCUCUGGUUAGCCUUGCACCCAAAAAUGGUGGACCGAAGAGGCCCAAAAUGUGCUCUAAGCUGAGUUUCUCAAGUGGGUCUUUAGCGUUAUCGGGGACUAUUGCACACCCAGCAAGAUCUUCAGAAGAGAAAGUGUAUGAAGUGGUGCUGAAACAAGCGGCUCUGGUUAGAGAACGUAGGAAGCCCGAAGAGAAAUCUCUGGACUUGAAUCUGCCCAUUAAAACUGACGGAACCACCAAUUGGGAUCUCUUGAACGAAGCUUAUGACCGCUGUGGUGAAGUCUGUGCUGAGUAUGCCAAGACUUUUUAUCUGGGCACUUUACUCAUGACACCAGAACGGAGGAAAGCUGUUUGGGCAAUUUAUGUGUGGUGCAGAAGGACUGAUGAGCUCGUUGACGGGCCUAAUGCUUCGCACAUCACACCAAAGGCUCUUGACAGAUGGGAAAAAAGAUUGACUGAUCUUUACGAGGGUCGCCCGUUCGAUAUGUAUGAUGCUGCUCUUUCUCAUACAGUCUCGAAGUUCCCUGUCGAUAUACAGCCCUUUAGAGACAUGAUAGAAGGAAUGAGGUUAGACUUGAGAAAAUCAAGAUACAUGAAUUUCGAUGAACUAUACCUUUACUGCUACUAUGUUGCUGGGACUGUGGGACUUAUGAGUGUUCCGGUGAUGGGGAUAGCACCGGAGUCAAAGGCUUCAACUGAGAGCGUUUACAAUGCUGCAUUGGCUCUUGGGAUAGCUAAUCAGCUCACUAACAUACUCAGAGAUGUUGGGGAAGAUGCUAGGAGAGGCAGAGUGUAUCUUCCACAAGAUGAACUUGCACGCGCUGGUCUUUCAGACGAGGACAUCUUUCGUGGGAAAGUAACCGACAAAUGGAGGAGUUUCAUGAAGGGACAGAUAAAGCGAGCUAGAAUGUUCUUCGACCAGGCGGAGAAGGGUGUGGCAGACCUCAGCGCAGCCAGUAGAUGGCCAGUGUGGGCAUCUUUGUUGCUAUAUCGACAGAUAUUGGAUGCCAUUGAAGCCAAUGACUAUGAUAACUUUACAAAGCGUGCUUAUGUAGGAAAAGCAAAGAAAUUCUUGUCACUUCCCGCGGCAUAUGGUAGAGCACUUGUAGGCCCCUCAAAUAUGGCUUAGUUUACAAUUAGAGACAAAUUUGUGUAUCUUUAGAUUUUUGUAUCAAAGUCUCAAAAUUGUACAUUUCUACCUUAUAAUAUUGAAGUUAAGUAUUCAUUAUAGGCUCUCAAAGAUGAAAUGUGUAAAUCUUUAGUUCAAUUUUGCCCAAUGAUAAAUAAGUAGCUUUUGAAUAUUUUAUUGCA